UAAGCCUCAUUCUAAGGGAGCAGCGCUAUAUUGUGAGGCUGCUUACACACCAUGCUGUCGCUUAACUCCUCAAGCUCCAACCACACCAUCUUCAACAAGGGCAACAUCGGCCCAUGCACGAUUGUGGGCCUCUGUUGUUUGGUGGGCAUCUGCGGUAACAUGGGAGUUGUCAUGGUGAUAGCUCGCAAGUUCAGGAGAGGCGACAAGAACUUCACCCUGAAACUGGUGCUGAACUUGGCCAUGGCUGAUCUCCUGUCCCUCGUCACGCUGCCUGUGUGGAUCCACAGUUGGCUGUUUGGCUGGGUGCUAGGUGUCAAGGCCUGCAGAUUCUUCUCUUUCUUGGUCAUCGGCAGCCUGUAUUGCAGCGUGCUGACGGUCACCCUGAUGAGCGUACAGAGGUACCUGGCAGUCCUCUACACCAGGCAGUGGAUGAAGCUUCGUGGGGCUGGGGAGAGGAUAUUACUGGCUUCUCUGUGGGGGCUGUCAGGGGUCCUGGCUUGUCCAGCCCUUGUGCUAGGAGAUGUGGUUGGGGAGGAGAUGCGUUGCCGUUGGAAAUACAGCUCAGUGGGGGAAAAGGUGUUCACCAAAUCCAUGGAGACAUUAUGGGGCUUCAUCGUCCCUUUCACCAUCCUGGUCACUUCUUAUGGAUGUCUUCAUCAUAAGGUAAAUGAUACUGCUUUCUUCAGCAGCCCCAGGUUGACCAAACUGGUGACAAGUAUUGUUGUGACCUUCUUCGUCCUGUGGUGUCCUCUUCACGUUGUCAAUAUCAUGGGCAUCUGUGGCCUCCUGCUGAAGUCCGAGUACCUGAACAACAUCUGCGAGACCGGCUGGGCAGUCACUCAGGCACUGACGUUCAUCAACAGCUGUGUGAAUCCCUUUCUCUAUGCCUUUGCUUUCCGGAAACGUAACAAAAAGACGGAGCAGUCCACACAAUCAACGCAGUCCAAGAUAACACAGUUUACUUAAAUAUACAGUUCGUCAUGCUCAUUUGCAGUGUUCAUUUUAUGAACUCUAUUAUUUAAAUCCAUUUCCUAACCAAUAUUCCCGGUAAGGAUUACAGUAUUAAAAUGCUAAAGCAAAUUCUCACCAUUGCUGUAAUAUUCAGCUCAUUUUUUUCUUUUCAAAUAUUUCAGUGUUUAUGCAUUUAGUUUUUAUUUGUUCCGUCUAUACAAUAUCGGAAUCAUAUUAAUAAUGACAUUGUAACAAUCAUGACAAUGAUUUAAGAGAUUUAAAUUUUUGUUUUUUUUGUAAUCAUCUGAUAGGCCAUUGUCAUAGAACCACAACAGUGUUAUUUGAGCGUAAAUAAUACGUAGAAAGUGAAAUGUAUUUUUAUGGUCCUUAACAUUUUUGAAGGGGGUGACUUCUCUUAUUAACCGUGACACAUAAAGUGAAAAGAUUACUAUCCUCUCUAAUAACAUCACCUAAAACACCAUAUAAUUAUCAGUAAGAGUGAUACUAAUGUUGAAUUGCCAUUAAAUGAUUAUAUGUUAACCUAUCUGCUUCAUAUCAUGUAGCAUGUCUUCUAUUGCAAUAAUAAAAUAAUAAACAUUUUUAAUGAAAAAAUAC